CUAGCAGCUCCUAACGCGCUGCCCACUGCGCUUGGAACCUUACGGUCGCUGUAGCCCCGGUGCAUGUUGGGCCCUGCAGUCUCAUUGAGUCCAGGUGCAGGCCUGGCCUCGCGGUCCCGAUGGCGUUGCGUUCUGCUCUAUGUGACGUUGCUGGCAAGGUAGUGGGCGUGUCGCGAGCCGCUGGAGGGCCCGCCCUCGUGCAAGCCGAUGAUGAGCGGUUAAGCCGGCCCUUGCCUGCGCCUCACUGGUUGCCGGCCGGCGAGGGGGUUCCGGGGCGGAGUUCGUUCCUCUCACGCCUGUCCCGGUUUCUUGCGGCAAGUUCGCUCCCGGCGUCCGCUCUGAGGGAAAUGUCCGAAGUCACCCGGCUCGAAGCCAGCAGCGGGGACGAGGCCGAGAGCCCCAUGGAGAGCGGGAUCGCCCCGGAGAGCAGCAGGAGGAGGCGGCGGCACAAGAAAGAUAAAAAAGAGAGUGAGUCUAAACACCAUGAUAAAUCCAAGAAGAGGAAAUCCCGAACAGAGGAAAAUGGGCUGUCUGAAGAUGACCUUGAACCUCCCAAACUCAAAAAGAUGAAGGAGAGAGAGAGUGUGAAUGGAGAUACUGGGGAAAGAAGACCAGAGUACAAGAAGAAAUCCUUCUUCCUAAGCAAUGGAGUCACCCCCACAAAAACACAAUGUAAUUUCAGUGACGCAUCAAGUGAAGAGUGUGACAGCGAACAAGAGCAGGAACUGACUGUAGAGCAGAAGGAAGGUGCUUUCUCCAAUUUUUGUAUUUCCAAAGGGACUAUUGAGCUUCUUCGAGCUCGAGGUGUAACAUACCUGUUUCCUGUACAAGUAAAGACCUUCAAGCACAUAUAUGAUGGCAAAGAUGUUGUAGCUCAAGCUCGAACUGGAACUGGAAAAACAUUCUCUUUUGCCAUUCCCUUGAUUGAAAAGCUUCAGGGAGAAAUGCAAGAGAGGAAAAGAGGCCGCACGCCAAAGGUGUUAAUUCUUACUCCCACUAGAGAGUUGGCAAACCAGGUAGCCAGAGACUUCAAAGACAUCACCAAGAUACUCUCAGUGGCUUGUUUUUAUGGAGGAACUGCAUACAAUGGACAAAUUGAUUUAAUUCGAAGUGGUAUUGACAUCUUGGUUGGGACCCCAGGUCGAAUCAAAGACCACCUUCAGAAUGGCAAGCUUGAUCUUUCCAAACUCAAGCAUGUUGUCCUGGAUGAAGUUGAUCAGAUGUUGGACAUGGGCUUUGCUGAACAAGUGGAGGACAUUUUACGAGUUGCGUACAAGAAGGAUUCUGAAGAUCCCCAGACAUUGCUGUUUUCUGCAACUUGCCCACAUUGGGUAUAUGAUGUGGCUAAGAAAUACAUGAAAUCCAGAUAUGAACAGGUUGACCUCAUCGGGAAGAGGACUCAGAAAGCUGCUGUGACGGUAGAACAUUUGGCUAUAGAGUGUCACUGGUCUCAAAAAGCAGCAGUUAUUGGAGAUGUCAUUCAGGUUUACAGUGGCAGUCAUGGACGGACCAUAGUCUUUUGUGAGACCAAAAAGGAAGCAAAUGAACUGGCCCUGAAUACUUCUAUUAAACAGGAUUGCCAGUCGCUGCAUGGUGACAUUCCUCAGAAACAAAGGGAGAUAACAUUGAAAGGUUUUAGAAAUGGAGUGUUUAAAGUUCUGGUUGCAACUAAUGUAGCUGCCCGUGGUUUAGAUAUCCCUGAAGUUGACCUGGUUGUACAAAGUUCACCACCGAAGGAUGUAGAGUCGUAUAUUCAUCGUUCUGGGCGCACAGGCCGAGCUGGACGGACUGGGAUGUGUGUCUGUUUUUAUCAGCGAAAGGAAGAAAGUCAGCUAAGACAUGUGGAACAAAAAGCAGGAAUUACAUUUAAGCGUGUAGGUGUUCCUACUGCAACAGAUAUAAUAAAGGCUUCCAGCAAAGAUGCCAUCAGGUGUUUGGAUUCUGUUCCUCAAACUGCCAUUGACUAUUUCAAAGAGUCAGCUCAGGGGCUGAUAGAGGAAAAGGGGGCAGUUGAAGCUCUGGCUGCAGCACUAGCCCAUAUUUCUGGGGCUACUUCCAUUGAACAGCGUUCCUUGCUCAACUCAGAUGUGGGAUUUGUAACAAUGACAUUGCAAUGCUCAGAAGAGAUAAACAAUAUAAGCUAUGCCUGGCGAGGACUAAGAGAACAGCUGGGUGAUGAAAUUGAUAGGAAAGUGAACAGAAUGUGUCUUCUCAAGGGAAAAAUGGGUGUGUGUUUUGAUAUUCCUGCAGUGGAUCUUAGACAAAUACAGGGAAAAUGGCAGGAUUCAAAACACUGGCAUCUGACUGUGGCAACUCAAUUACCUGAGUUGGCAGAAACCCAGCGAGAAGAAGGCAGAGGGUUCUACGACUCCAGGAAUGGAAGGCGAGGACCCUCAACCUACACUGCCUGUGUUCUUCAGGAACUCCAUCCCUGGGCCAACAUACCCUCAUAGACCAUUCCAAAAGGAGGCGUUUCCUUGAAGAACUCAUGAUUGCUGUUCUUGUAGGGCAGACCAGCUGUUCAAGGACCAGAAGAAGAGGGAUGACAGACUGGAAAAACAGUAUGCUGACAGCAGGCAGAGAGGCUGAAGCCCAGCUGGAGGCGAGUGUUUCAGUGAAGGAGCAGGCACUUGCACAGCAGUAAGAUAAGAGAGGAAUAUGGAGCCCAACAGAGAGAACUGUUCCAGCAACUCCUGUCUGUAAUGACUGCAAGAGCACCGCCUCCUGAUGCCUCUCACCAUAGCAAGGUUCCCCAGCAACAUACCCUCAGAGCAGCAGUAGUUUGCACAAUUCCAUGCAGCGGUGGGGGAGGGGGAUGCAUUCAGGAUUGGGCAGGGCAACUAACCCCUGUAUAGUUUUCCUUCUUACAGCUCUGGUGGAAACCACCCUCUCUCCCACCACAAAGUGAGGGCUAAACUUGUAAAGAAGGGAAAGCAGAACUUGGGGGCCAGGAGACAUGCAGUAAUAGGGGGAUUGUGCUGAGUAUUAACUAUUUCCUGCCCUUUUUUGGGGGGGGGGAAGGGGGAGUGGUUGGUUUUGUAAUGGCAGUUGGCCUGCCCAAAACUGUAUGAGUGGGAUUGGG